AUGGAGAACUACCAAAAAAUCGAGAAAAUUGGCGAGGGUACCUACGGUGUUGUCUACAAGGCUCGCGAGCUUAACCACCCCAACCGUAUCGUCGCUCUCAAGAAGAUCCGUCUCGAGGCCGAAGAUGAGGGUGUCCCAAGUACCGCCAUCCGCGAGAUCUCCCUCCUCAAAGAAAUGCAGGACCCCAACAUUGUACAAUUGCUGAACAUUGUUCACGCCGACGGCCAUAAGCUCUAUCUCGUCUUCGAAUAUCUUGACCUCGACCUGAAGAAAUACAUGGAGGCUCUGCCCGUCAGCGAGGGUGGCCGUGGAAAGGCUCUUCCGGAUGGUACGAUGAUGGGUGCCAACCUGGGUCUCGGUGAAGCUAUGGUUAAGAGAUUCAUGGCUCAGCUGGUGGAGGGCAUUCGCUACUGCCACAGCCACCGCAUCUUGCACCGUGAUUUGAAGCCGCAGAACCUGUUGAUUAACGUCGAGGGCAACCUGAAGCUGGCUGAUUUCGGUCUGGCCCGAGCAUUCGGUGUCCCCCUGCGCACCUACACCCACGAGGUUGUCACAUUGUGGUACCGCUCUCCAGAAAUUCUGCUCGGUGGCCGUCAGUACUCCACCGGUGUCGACAUGUGGUCUGUUGGUGCCAUCUUCGCCGAGAUGUGCACUCGCAAGCCUCUUUUCCCUGGUGACUCAGAAAUUGACGAGAUUUUCAAGAUCUUCCGCGUUCUUGGUACCCCCGAUGAAGAGGCGUGGCCCGGUGUCACCUCUUUCCCCGACUACAAGGCCACCUUCCCCAAGUGGAAGCGCCCCGAUACCCCCCUGGUUCCCGGACUGGAGCCGGCUGGUUGCGAGCUUCUUGAAGCUCUGCUCGAAUAUGAUCCGGCGCACCGACUUUCGGCCAAACAGGCGUGCAUGCACCCAUAUUUCCGACACGGUAGCUCCCACUACUCAGGUCGCAAUCACAACGGCACUCACUAA